UCUGACAUCUUCUUUUAUUUCCAUCAACACAGAAAAAAUAUUGCAGAAAAUUUAACAAUUUGUGAAAACUAAAAGUGAAAAUAAUCCCACUUAAACCCAUGAAAUUGUAGUUUAUUGCAAUUCAUUCUUUAAACUAUUAUGACUACUAUGGAGCCACAACAAAAUAAAACCUGGGAUCUGUCCCUUUAUGAAUUGCAACGCAAACCCCAAGAAAUCAUCACAGACAGCACAGAAAUCGCAGUGUCUCCGCGGAGUCUUCACUCUGAACUAAUGUGUCCCAUUUGUUUGGACAUGCUCAAGAAAACCAUGACCACAAAGGAGUGCUUGCAUCGUUUCUGCUCCGAUUGCAUUAUAACAGCUCUGCGUUCGGGCAACAAAGAGUGUCCCACUUGCCGCAAGAAGUUGGUUUCCAAGCGCUCACUGCGUCCAGACCCGAAUUUUGAUUUGCUCAUAUCGAAGAUCUAUCCCAGUCGCGAGGAGUACGAGGCGAUUCAGGAGAAGGUCAUGGCCAAGUUCAAUCAGACACAGUCGCAACAAGCUUUGGUCAAUUCGAUCAAAGAGGGGAUCAAGCUACAGUCGCAGAAUAGGCCGACACGCUAUCGCAAGGGAGGUGAAAGCGACCGAGACCACAGGGAGCACUCAUCGCAUCACACUUCGAACAGCAACAGUGGCAAUGUUCAGCAGGCAGUGGGCGCUAGUGCGUCAUGCAACAAUCGCGUCAAUGACGAGGCUUCUGAGACCAGGAAUGCAUCGAAUCCACCCUCGGUUCGCAGUACACCCUCGCCUGUUCCGUCGAACAGCAGCAGCAGCAAGCCAAAGCGGGCAAUGUCGGUGCCGACGUCUGAGCGCUCCGAGGAGUCGGAGAGCGACAGCCAGAUGGACUGCCGAACCGAGGGCGACUCCACUAUCGACACCGAAGGCGAGGGAUCCUCGGAACUGGGCAUAAACGACGAGAUCGAAUUGGUUUUCAAGCCUCAUCCGACUGAGAUGGCUGGCGAUAAUCAGUUGAUGAAGGCGCUCAAGGAGAAUUGUGUCAGGUACAUCAAGACAACAGCUAAUGCUACAGUUGACCACUUAAGCAAAUAUUUGGCUACUCGCAUGACGUUGGAUCUGGGGGCUGAUCUGCCAGAGGCAUAUCGCAUGAUAAACUUUUGCAUUUACAUUGCUCCGCAGCCACAGCAGUUGGUCAUCUUGAAUGGCAACCAGACAUUGCAUCAGGUCAACGAUAAGUUCUGGAAGGUCAACAAGCCAAUGGAGAUGUACUACUCGUGGAAGAAAUCCUAGGGACCAUUGAAUCGCUCUCAUUAGAAAAAGAGUGCAUUUUUGUCGUAUUUAUCCAACUUAUAUUAUUAAAACGGUAAAAAAGAACAAACAAACAGUAAUUAAAAUAAAAGUAAUAAGUGUUUGAUGUCAUUUUAAUCCAGCUUAUAAAAUGUAAUCUACAUUUAUUUAUGUGUUUUUGGAAUGGACACACAUCAUUAUUAUAAUUAUAAUAAUCUAUUAAAAAAUACAUUUUAGGACGUACAUA